CCACACAAAACACAAUACUUCCAUUUUGGUUCUUCAGUUCGAACACUAUGGUCAUUGCUACUUGGUAGUCUCAUAUCCACUUCUUCCCAUGUAACCCUUCUUCGAGAUGUCCUCAUCGCUCUGUUUCUCAAUUCCGGCAUUGACGCCGCACUACUGGCGCCCGAAGAACUUCAGAUUUUUCCUUUUACUUCAAUCAAACCGAUGUAUUUGCUUCGCACCUCGCUUCGUUGCUUCCUUGAACAACGACGACUCUGUUGCAAUACCCAAACCUGCUCCGCUGGCUUUCGAUCCCGCGGAGGAGCUGUACGGACUUGACGUCGAUUUAAAACCCAGGAAUUCAGCUUCUAGCGCACCUGAACCCAGGUCCUGGUUUGGCCCAAAUGGUCAGUAUAUUAAAGAAUUACCAUGUCCAAGUUGCCGAGGUAGGGGUUAUGCGCCUUGUACGGAAUGUGGAAUUGAAAGAUCCCGUGCUGACUGUUCUGUGUGUAAUGGAAAGGGUAUAGUGACCUGCCACCAAUGUUUGGGGGAUCGUGUCAUAUGGGAAGAGUCCAUUGAUGAAAGACCAUGGGAGAAAGCACGCUCCACUUCUCCUUUAAGAAUGAAGGAGGAUGAUGAAGUCGAUAACUUGGAAAUAAAGCUGGAAGAAAAGAAGAAAUCGAAGCGUGUUUACCAAUCACCUCCUCCUGAAGUUGGUUUAAAGAUCAGUCGAUCAUUAAAAAUUCUCAAUGCCAAAACAGGUAUAUUUAGUAAGAGAAUGAAGAUUAUCCAUCGUGACCCUGCUCUUCAUGCUCAGAGAGUGGCUGCAAUUAAGAAAGCCAAAGGAAGUGCUGAAGCAAGAAAACGUACUUCUGAGGCUUUGAAAGCAUUCUUUAGUGACCCAGAAAACCGUAGAAAGCGGAGCAGUGCAAUGAAAGGAGUGAAAUUUUACUGUAAAAACUGUGGCCGUGAAGGGCAUCGAAGACACUAUUGCCCCGAACUUAAGGAAGAUUCCAUCGAUAGGCGAUUCAGAUGUCGAGUAUGUGGAGAGAAGGGCCAUAACAGGAAGACUUGUGAGAAGUCUGGGUUGAAUGUUACACCAAUAACCGCAACAAUUCAGCGUCACUGUGGGAUAUGUGGUUUGAAGGGCCACAACAAGAGGAACUGUCAGAAGUCCGAUGCACAUCGUCAGAGCCAUCAAAACGUGUUGAGGCCGAACUUGAUAAGUGAAUACAGGGCGAGCAAUGAAAAUAGGAGAGUGAGGCAGUAUCAUUGUAGGAUUUGCAAGGAAAGCGGGCACAGUCAACGGAAUUGUCCCAGUACUGAUCGGGAAGGCAAUGGUCUGAGUACUAGAAGAUCAUACAGUUGCAAACUUUGUCAUGAAAAAGGGCACAAUAUUAGGACAUGCCCAAAUAGAAGUACGAAUAAUCUACAGAAAAAUCCUCCUGUUGCUUUAAACCAAUAAUUUUUAUUGUAGUAUUCAUUGAAAUUCAACUACAUUUAUGACAUGAAGCAACGCUCAAGGAAAGAUUGAUGACAUGAAAUUCAACUACAUUUAUGACAUGAAGUAACAAAUUUAUUUUAUUUA